GCUAAUUGUAUAUGAGCGCGAGCGGCGGGCUCUCGGGUCUUUUUUAGCGCCAUCUGCUCGCCGCGCCGCCUUCUGCUCCUCCCGCCGCCGCCCUGAGUCACUGCCUGCGCAGCUCCGGCCGCCUGGCUCCCCGUGCUAGCCACCGAUAUUUGGCGCUCAUACAACAUGGCAGACAUCGACAACAAAGAACAGUCUGAACUUGAUCAAGAUUUGGAUGAUGUUGAAGAAGUAGAAGAAGAAGAAACUGGUGAAGAAACAAAAAUCAAAGCGCGUCAGCUGACUGUUCAGAUGAUGCAAAAUCCUCAGAUUCUUGCAGCCCUUCAAGAAAGACUUGAUGGUCUGGUAGAAACACCAACAGGAUACAUUGAAAGCUUGCCUAGGGUAGUUAAAAGACGCGUGAAUGCUCUCAAAAACCUUCAAGUUAAAUGUGCACAGAUAGAAGCCAAGUUCUAUGAGGAAGUUCAUGAUCUUGAAAGAAAGUAUGCUGUUCUCUAUCAACCUCUGUUUGAUAAGCGAUUUGAGAUCAUUAAUGCCAUUUAUGAACCUACAGAAGAAGAAUGUGAAUGGAAACCAGAUGAGGAAGAUGAAAUUUCGGAGCUAAAAGAAAAGGCCAAGAUUGAAGAUGAGAAAAAAGAUGAAGAAAAAGAAGACCCCAAAGGAAUUCCUGAAUUUUGGUUGACCGUUUUUAAGAAUGUUGACUUGCUCAGUGAUAUGGUUCAGGAACAUGAUGAACCUAUUCUGAAGCACUUGAAAGAUAUUAAAGUGAAAUUCUCAGAUGCUGGUCAGCCUAUGAGUUUUGUCUUAGAAUUUCACUUUGAACCCAAUGAAUAUUUCACAAAUGAAGUGUUGACAAAGACAUAUAGGAUGAGGUCAGAACCAGAUGAUUCUGAUCCUUUUUCUUUUGAUGGACCAGAAAUUAUGGGUUGUACAGGGUGCCAGAUAGAUUGGAAAAAAGGGAAGAAUGUCACUUUGAAAACCAUUAAGAAGAAGCAGAAACACAAGGGACGUGGGACAGUUCGUACUGUGACCAAAACAGUUUCUAAUGACUCUUUCUUUAAUUUUUUUGCCCCUCCUGAAGUUCCUGAGAGUGGAGAUCUGGAUGAUGAUGCUGAAGCUAUCCUUGCUGCGGACUUUGAAAUUGGUCACUUUUUACGUGAGCGCAUAAUCCCAAGAUCAGUGUUAUACUUUACUGGAGAAGCUAUUGAAGAUGAUGAUGAUGAUUAUGAUGAAGAAGGUGAAGAAGCGGAUGAGGAAGGGGAAGAAGAAGGAGAUGAGGAAAAUGAUCCAGACUAUGACCCAAAGAAGGAUCAAAACCCAGCAGAGUGCAAGCAGCAGUGAAGCAGGAUGUAUGUGGCCUUGAGGAUAACCUGCACUGUAAUAGCCUAAACACAACUAUUAUUUACUUACAGCCUUAUGUUUUUGUAUUUUCUUGGUAGACUCAAGUUUUUUUUUAAAGGAAAGGAACUGAUAUUUUAAAGACCAAAUUUGUUCUACUUAGCAUUUUAACUAGUUUUUCUGCUAGAUACAUUGAAUGCACAAAUUCUCUCACGCAUGUUUGUUCAUUGCUACAUAUUUGGUUCUUCCUGGAGUAUUUUUAUCUUGUAACUAUUAGAUUACAGUUAUGAAAAUGAACAGAACUGUGAAAUGAACCAGAUUUUUUGUCUUGCUAAUUUUUUUCCUGAAGAACCAAAGUAUUUUUUCAGCGGGUAGUUGAAUGGGUUUAAGUUCGCUUGCACUAGCUGUGCCUUUCAUUACUUUGUUACAGAAAUACAGUGACUUAUACUAAGACAAUUCAUCGUUUAAAAAACAACACUUGUCAAGACAACUAUAUGGUUAAGAAUUUCCAGUAAGACCACACCUGAUAACUUAGAUUGUUAAUGGAUUUUUGUAUUUCAGGUGACAGUUACUAUAAAGAAAUCUUAUUAACUAAUAGUAUGGUUAUUGGUUACCACAGGGAGGUGAAUAAAACCUAGUAUUUUCAGAAGUUAAGUCUCAUUAUUUUUAUUUUAACUGUACUUUUUAAAUUUAACCUCCAUUAACUAAGCAUCUUUUCUUU